UUGUCUUGUUUUGAAUGACGGAGUUCGCAGGAAUUGUGUCAUACGUUUUUUGCGUUUUUCUGUUUCAACGGCGAAUUUUCUAAUUGUAAAGGCUAUAAAAUCAGUUAUUACACUUCCCUACCUAAGAAAUCUCACGGAAUACUAUGUUAUUGUGCGUGGUAGAUUAGUAACAUUGGUUUGUUAUGAUUUCUUGAAGAUCUAUCCUUGAAAAUAUCGUUUGUUGAAAGUAACAAUACAUUUAAAACAUGGAAUCUCCAAAACAAUCUAUAUCUGAUCAAGUGGAAUAUUGGAAAAAACAAGCUAAACAUUAUGAGCAAAAGGCUAACGACAUUCAGCAAGAGUUAGACGAAUAUACAGAAAACUCAGCGCAGUUAGAAAAAGAAUUAGAAGCUUCAUUAGUACAAGUUGAAAAACAAAAUCGAGAUCUGGAACACCAAAAUCAGAGGCUAAAAAAUGAGAUUGAAAUGUUAAGAAAUAAACUAGAAAGGAGUCAACAUGAGACUAGUGCUCUGGAAAGUGAGUUGCAAGCACUGAAGAUGGAAAAGGACAAACAAGGAAUCUACAUUAGAGAAUUAGAACAGAAGAAUGAUGAUUUAGAAAGAGGCCAAAGGGUUAUAUCAGAGUCAGUAUCAUGUAUAGAAUCAUUACUAAACCAGGCAUAUGAGAGAAAUGCUGUAUUAGAAAGUGAAGUAGAUGAAAUAGAAAACUUGAGAGUCAAGCUGCAGAGGGCAACGGAUGAGGCUAGAGAUCUGAAACAGGAACUGAAAGUUAUUGAAAAGGUCCCACACAAGAAGGAGGACAGCAGUGAGAAUGACAAUUUAGUAAAUGGACAUGUUUCUAAUGCAAGGACUCAAGUGGAAAUUGAGACCCAGACUUCAAUAACAUCACCACAAAAAAGAGAAAUAAAUGGCAAUGCAAUGACUCCAUCAUCCCGAGUAACUGCUAUUAAUAUUGUUGGAGAUCUUCUUCGGAAAGUGGGGCUUGAAAGGUUUCUUUGCCGUGAAUGUGGUAAGGUCAAAUGCUCGUGUAACGUGACUGCGGCGGCGCCUGACCUGCCACCCGCAGAGCAACCUACCACGAGGAUUUCCCAUCAAAAGUCACUGAGUGACAUAGAAGACGACGCGAUAGAGUUCAGACGACCCAUACUUACACGCCAAUUCUCUGGACCGGAGAAUGUUGCGCCGCCGCCGUUUUCCCCCACCACACCCUUGUCACACAGAGCCAGUGAGCAGCCCUUCACUAGGUCGGGACAGGGGGAGAACGGGAAACUAAGACGAUCUUUUGCUGUGAGAUCCCGAGAAGGACUUGAAAACCUUUUAAGUUUGGCGUCUAUGAGAAAAAGCCACGAUCAGGGAAAGUCAAAACAAAUAGUACGACAAUAAUAAUUACAUAUCCAAAUGUAAAUCUAAUAUUGUUUUAUUAUAGUGUAAUGAAUAAUUAAUUUGUACCAUAGAAUUUAUUAUGACUUUCUUUUUUUGUGUUAGCUGCAUGCGUUUGCAUAUAACUACAUAUUAUUGUGAACUCCGUCAACUCAGUGCCAAUGCCAAUGGAUUUAUAUUUAAUAUCCAGACUGUAUAAUAGUAGCCUAUAAAUUAAAGUCAAUGAAACUUCAAUAGAGUUCAUAAUGUGCUAGAUAAUUUUACUGCAAAUGUAAUAUAAAUUACUGUUAUAAUUAUAGGUAGUUAAAUUACUAAAUAAGUAAUGUAAUUAGUUAAAUAAUUGAUAGUCACAAUAUACUAUAUCACUUUAGUUAAUUUGUAUAUAAAUCUUUCACCCACAUAUAUUUAAAAACAGGGAACUGAUAUAAUUAUAUGCCUUUGCAUUCAUCUGUAUAUAUCUGUACUUAGCAUGCACUAGUAUCUUUCAUGUUACCUGCAGCCGUAUCAUGGCAAACGCAUACCGCGCCAGACGCGAUAAUUGGGCCAAUACAAUUGGUUGGUUUAUUUAUCGCGACGCGCGCGAUAUGCGUGCGGCAUGCUGCGGGGGCUGGUGGUGGUAAAUAACGACGCUUAUCUUCCUAUCACCUACUAAUAUUAACAUCAUUCAUAUUGUGUACUUUUCUUCAUUGUAGGCUUUGGAAUCAAAGUUAGCGUCGUGUCGUGGUACUGUUAGACCUAAAGAGCAUUCUCCCAACCCGAGCGCCGACGUCAGUAAGGACUACAGGUGUGUACUCAAGAACUAGCCGUACCACAAGGUCCGUCUUCAGCGAACGCACGCGCACCAUGUAUAACCAGCGCAAUACGAAGUUCACGAUGUAUAUCAACGAAAAUAUUCUCAUAAGUAUCUAACUAAUAGCAUCAGAUAGUGUAGUGUAUAGACACACUACAAUAGUCAGCUUUUUUAAAAUCGUGUAACUUCUUAGCGCAUGUUAUGUAUAGUGAGACCAUAAACGUUGUAUCAGACAAAUCUAAACAUCGCUUCAUGAUAUUACUCUUGCUGAUAAUUUAUAAAGCUCAUGUUCUGUGAUUGACAUCACACUUUCCUAUUUUACUAAUAUCUGUGAUGAUAAUAAUGAAAUAGUUAAGCAACGAUAAAUUAAUGUAAUGGUUGAUUUUGGCCUACCCACCGGAGAUCCACAGCGAGACGCCGCACGUAAAUGUAUGUAUGUAGCAGCUUGCUUCUCGCACAGUGUUUCACUUAUCAAUCAAAUGUUGCAUUGCAAAAGAAUAAAAACACUUGUGUAUUAUAUGACGAUAAUCCUCAUUGGUAAAUCAGUUUUUGAUGAGAUGGGACUAAAAUAAUGCAUAUGGUGCAUAACAUAUUUAGUAUAAAAUCAGAAAAAGUUCGGACUCGUCUGGAAAUAUGUAAUGCUAGUUUAUAUUGGCAAACAAAAAUAUUUUGGAAAGAAUCUUUAUGUAAAUAUAAAGGAGAGGUAUGUAUGAAAUUGUUAACUAUAAUUAAAUUUUAUGAACUUAUAUUAUUUAGAUGUACUACUUGGUUUGCUAUGGUUUCGAUGUAACGGUUGUACUUCUGCAUUGGAAUGUGAUGAAUUAAACUGCUAUUUACUGGUUUAGUAUGUAGCUGUUGUACAAAGAUGGUCAGAUAUAUUAAAUGUUUCAUAACUUGCUUAUCGUCAUGAUACUUUUGAAAGUGAUUUCAUUUUAACGAAUCGACUUUAUUUUUUAAAGCUGUUAUUAUUUUAAAGCUACAGUUAAUUGGUGGUCACCACAAGUAGAUCGAAUUAUUAUCACAGAUCAACUACAAAAUUAUAUAUUUUUUAAAUCAAAUCAUUUUAAUAGCUUCAAAUGUAACUGGUUAUUUUUUUA